AUGAUUCAAGCUUGUGCGGAUGUCGGUAGCCAGAGCCAUGCGAUGUCCUUGCUUGCCGGCGCAAUCCAAGCAACCUCUAAGCCUACUGGUAACUGCUUUAAUUGCAAGCGCCCAGGCCAUUUUGCCAAGCAAUGCAGAGCCCCUGGCGGGGGGGCACACAAGGAUGGUGCUGCCUCUAAGGCUAAACCUUCUGAUUUUGCCAUUGAUUUGAUCAAUCAAGAGACCAAAGACUCUGUUCUACCUGGUGAAAUUGUGCUUAUGCCCACUCAAUUGGCAGGUCCCCUGCCUCCUAAAGUCGCAGGUUUAAUUUUACCCAAAUUUUCUGCGGUAAAGGAAGGAAUCCAGGUUAUUCCUGGAGUUCUGGAUCCUGACUAUGUAGGCACAAUAAUGGGUCACCUCGGGAGCCAUAUGCCCAUGCAAUUAAAAAGGGUGAGUCUUGGGCGCAUUUGGUGGUGCUCCCUUCUCAUCCUACUGCUUCUAUUAUGGAUACUAAUUUGCACGAGCUCUCUUCUUUCCCUCCACAGCUGUUAGCUGUAGUCCAGAGGAUUGGUGAGAAGAAACUUCUUCAAAAGUAUAAAAUCAAUGGUAUUGUGCUGGAAGGCUUGAUUGACACAGGCGCAGAUGUUUCUGUAAUUUCUAGUAGUUGCUGGGACCCCACGUGGCCCCUUGAGUCUGCCUCUGCAGUCUGGGGUGUGGGUGGCCCCCAAACCUCUUCCAAAAGCGUACAGUGGCUGCCUGUUUCUCUGCCUGAUAGCUCUGAGACCAUUGCUUACAUCCAGCCCUGUGUGCUGAAAAUCCACCUCAAUCUGUGGGGAAGAGACUUGCUACAACAAUUACAAGCUACCAUUCAAUUUAAUGAGUAAGCUUGCACUUCCCCUCAACUGGAAAUCUUCUGGUCGUGUCCUGGCUAUAUGUUUAAUUACAUUCCAGCAUACAUCAGCCAUGGCACACCUUGCUGUUUAAGCCGUUUGUCCAUCAUUUUAUCGCUGCAAUAUUGAAAUGACUAAUGAUUGUGAUGCUUUUGUCUCUCUUCUCAGUAGGUUUGAAUAUAUCUCUUUAGUUGCUUCUCUCUUAGGAGUCCCUGGAUUGGCUGUACGGAAUCGUAUGAACAUUAAUUCUUUAGCAAAAGCCCUGAAUUUUACUUCACAAGCCCUUCACCUUUUGAAUAAAGAACAGAGUGGACCUUUAUAA